AGGAUUUUGAAUGAAAGAUGAAUGACUUUGGAAUCAAGAACACGGACCAGGUCGCCCCUGUAUCUAACAGUUACAGAGGGACACUGAAGCGCCAGCCAGCUUUUGACACCUUUGAUGGGUCCCUGUUUGCUGUUUUUCCCUCUCUCAAUGAAGAGCAAACACUCCAAGAAGUGCCAACAGGCUUGGAUUCCAUUUCUCAUGACUCUGCCAACUGUGAAUUGCCUUUGUUAACUCCGUGCAGCAAGGCUGUCAUGAGUCAAGCCUUAAAAGCUACCUUCAGUGGCUUUAAGAAGGAGCAGCGCCGCCUUGGCAUCCCAAAGAACCCCUGGCUGUGGACCGAGCAACAGGUCUGCCAAUGGCUCCUGUGGGCCACCAAUGAGUUCAGCCUGGUGAACGUCAAUUUCCAGAGGUUCGGCAUGAACGGCCAGGUGCUGUGCAACCUGGGCAAGGAGCGCUUUCUGGAGCUGGCUCCGGAUUUCGUGGGCGACAUUCUCUGGGAGCAUCUGGAGCAGAUGAUCAAAGAAAACCAAGAAAAGACAGAAGAUCAGUAUGAAGAAAAUUCACACCUCAACUCAAUCCCUCAUUGGAUUAAUAGCAAUUCACUAGGCUUUGGUGUGGAGCAGGCAGCGUACGGCGUGCAGACCCAGAAUUACCCCAAAGGCAGCCUCCUGGACUUGCGUCCAUCCUCCUCGGCGCCCAGCGUGCUCGGUUCUGAGCAGGAGUUUCAGAUGCUGCCCAAGUCUCGACUCAACACCGUCAGCGUCAACUACUGUCCCAUCAGUCAGGACUUCCCGAGCGGGAGCUUGAACCUGCUCGCCGGCGGUUCUGGGAAGCCCCGGGACCGCGACUCCCCCGAGAACGGCACGGACAGCUUCGAGAGCUCGGACUCCCUGCUGCAGUCCUGGAACAGCCAGUCGUCGCUGCUGGAUGUGCAGCGGGUGCCGUCCUUCGAGAGCUUCGAGGAUGACUGUAGCCAGUCCCUGUGCCUCAGUAAGCCGACCAUGUCCUUCAAGGACUACAUCCAGGAGAGGAGCGACCCGGUGGAGCAGGGCAAACCGGUUAUACCCGCAGCAGUGCUGGCCGGCUUCACGGGAAGCGGCCCUAUUCAGCUGUGGCAGUUUCUCCUGGAAUUGCUCUCGGACAAAUCCUGCCAGCCCUUCAUCAGCUGGACCGGGGACGGCUGGGAGUUCAAGCUCGCGGACCCCGACGAGGUGGCCCGCCGGUGGGGAAAGAGGAAAAACAAGCCCAAGAUGAACUACGAGAAGCUGAGCAGGGGCUUGCGCUAUUACUACGACAAGAACAUCAUCCACAAGACGUCGGGGAAGCGCUACGUGUACCGCUUUGUGUGUGACCUGCAGAACUUGCUGGGGUUCACCCCCGAGGAACUGCACGCCAUCCUGGGCGUCCAGCCGGACACGGAGGACUGAGGCCCGCGGGGCCCCGAGCUGAGCCGGCCCGGCCCGCGUGGGACUUCGAGUGCGGCCAUGCGACCGACUGCUCCAGGGACCCUGAAAGGCGGGAUCGAACGCGUCCAGGGGAGUCCCCAAGAAGCAGUGGCCUUAUUUCACCGGAAACCGCGGCUUUUCACCCAAAGCAGCGUGGUUUCUCACUUCUAAAGCCUGCUGACAGGAACACGCUAUUUAUGAUGCUAUUACAUUAGAAUGGCCGAGAAAGAAGCACUGGGAAGCCGUCCUGGCUCCGAGCAGGCCGCGGGCCAGGAACGUUCAGGCCGUUGGAUAUUCUCCAAGGAGCGAGCAUGUCUCGGGCACACAUGUUUUUUUGGGUUUUUUUUUUUUCCAUUUUCUUUUGCCAUUGGCCGUCAGGAAUCACGAAGGCAGAAGCAGUCUCUGGUUCAACGAGGCGGAGGGUGCAGAGAUAGUCGUGCCGUUUCAGAAGUUAGUUUGUAUAUAUGACUGUAAUCUUAAUAAUUGUUGUCAAAAUCCUCUCAGAGUCCUAUUUAACGAGAACUGUAUAUUGUAAUUUAAAAUAAUUCUGUAAGUGUAUUUGAAAUAAGAACGCAGACGUCCGGUGUUCACUGCGGUUUCCGAGAGCACAUGCAGCGUCCCGCGAGCACGGCGUGUGCCACGGUGGACGAAGAAGUUGUAAAGUGUGUAUUAUUUACAUUUAAUAUGCCUACAGGUAGAUGUCGAAGAGGGUCAGUCCCUGUUUCUGUUUUGUUUUGCCUGGAUGAUUACCUGGCAAGGACUUUGUACAUUUGGGAAUUUUUAUGAAACACUUAAUGUUAUUAUCUGGAGGCCCAUCUAGCCUCUGCUUUUCUCCUUAAUCGUAAUGUAAAAGCUAUAAAGCAGUAUUUUUCUUGACAAAUGGCAUAUGUUUUCCAUUUCUGUGCAUGCCUUUAAAUCCGUUUAUACAUACAAGACUGAUUUUAUUUUUUAGUUCGACUGUGUUUCCCCAACAACUAACCUCCCCAACCAGCCAUUUCCUUCCCAUGCUCCACCUCCGUGCCCCAAAUUAUUCUGUAUGAUUAAAAUAAGAAUGCUAUUUUUGGAAAUAUGUGGCUCUUUUUCAGAGAGCAGGAGGGAUUUACGUAGCAGCUACUUUUACUGCAGAAGUAAUUCACUGGAAAAAAAAUGUAAUUUGUAAGAAAGCUUUAUUUUUAUCUGCGCUCUGUGUGAAGUUAAACAGGUCGUACUGAGCUGAAGCCCGGGGCAGGUGGGGGAGAGGAGGGGGAAUCCUCAUGAAGCCUCUUGGUCGUGAACAAAACACGACUUUUCCCUCACCUGUGGAGUCGUGGGCUAUCUGGACACGAUGCUGCUCCUUUCUGCUCAGUGCCCAAGCUCUGUGUCCUUGUUUUCGUGCCCAGAGGCAAAGAGAGGACAAGCGAGAUGGGAGAAUCCACCGGAGGAUUCGAGAUGAAAAAAACAUGUUGCUCACCAUGGAGACUUUCAUGGUUGUUUCCAAGGAGCACCUGGGUGGGCAUGUAUUUGGGGAGCUUGGAAACAAUCAAGCCAAUGUGGUUUCAGGGCCACAUGAGCCUCCCUCGCAAUGUGGGGGACACUCGGAACCGUGGCUGACAUCCCCAGAAAAGAGUCCGUCUGUCUAAUGAGGCUGUGGGACUGGGUGGCAAGGCCAGCUGGGCAGAGCAGCGCCAGAGCUGGGGGACUCAGUCCCAGUACCUACACGAGACCAUUUCCAGUGUCUAAGCACAGGAUGUUUUUCUCAAGCAGGACAUGUUUAUCACUCAGAAAUCUGUUUAUAACAUCCACAGACAUGUGACUGGGAACAUCUUGCUGCCAAAGGGAAUCUUAGCCAUCGGCUCAUUUUAUAUGGGGUUGAACCACAUGAAAUUGCCAAUAUUUGACUUUUUUUAUCUACAGAGUUGGGCGGUUUCAUGUGAUUCAACCUAAUAGUUAUAGGAACUAAAGCCCAUGAUAAACCUUUGGUGUGGUAAUGAACAGACUUAAGGAUAGAGAUUUUGUAAUCUGGCCUUUUCUUUCUCAAAUAAUAAAGUAUUUUGUUUAUAUAAAUGCCUC